AUGUUGAAAUGGUCGAAGUCUUUGAUGAUGAAGAAGGAAGAAAUUUACUAGAAAUGCCAAUAGAUGAAGAAGAUAUUAAAAAAUCUGACUUAUGUAAAAUGGUAGUUACUGAAACUGGUGAUGAGGUUGUGCCAAAUGAACCUAGCACAAGUCACUCAUUCAUAACACCCCCCAAACCUAAGAAACGUAAAACUUAUGUUGGUGACUUUAAAUCAGUUGAAGAAUUGGAGAGUCCAAAUUCUCGUUUGAAGUAUUGGCAUGCCUCUAAAAAGAUGGUCGAAGUCUUUGAUGAUGAAGAAGGAAGAAAUUUACUAGAAAUGCCAAUAGAUGAAGAAGAUAUUAAAAAAUCUGACUUAUGUAAAAUGGUAGUUACUGAAACUGGUGAUGAGGUUGUGCCAAAUGAACUUAGCACAAGUCACUCAUUCAUAACACCCCCCAAACCUAAGAAACGUAAAACUUAUGUUGGUGACUUUAAAUCAGUUGAAGAAUUGGAGAGUCCAAAUUCUCGUUUGAAGUAUUGGCUUGCCUCUAAAAAGACAAUAACAACUCAACAACGUAAAAUUAAAAAUCUAAGACAGCAAAAUUAUCGUUUAAAUCAAAAAAUAAAAAAUUUGGAUCAGCUGAUUGAUCAUCUGAAAGAUGAAAAGAAAAUUAAUGAAAAUUGUUUUUCAUUACUCAAGUUAUUGCUAUGUGUUAAAUGGCUUGGUUGAUAAGGUUACGUUCAGUGUUCAGUGUGCUAUGGAUUUGUUACCAAAGACAGGGCUCGGAUUUUUUGCAAUCCUGACAUCCAAUCAUGAAUUUAAGUAUCGUUGAUCCGUAUCCUUUUACUGUAAUAUUAAUGGCUCAUCACAAAAAAUAUUCUCCUCCUUUAUCUUUUUACAUUACAUGGUUAACUACUAUAUAUUUUAUGUUCUUCACAAAAUAAUUUUUAAAAAUUUCAUUGUACGUCUUAAUUGUCAAUUUUUAUCCACCUAAAAUAUUUCUAAUAAGAACCAUUGAUAUUAAAACUGAUUCUAUCUCAAACAUUUUUAUCAUUAUUCCAAUGACUGUGUGUAUUAAUUUGUUAUUUUUUAGUAAAAUGUGAUGUC